AUGCCUCUCAAUGCCUCUUCAUCCUUCGACCUAGAGAAGACUACCGAUGGUUACCCCCAAGAUCAUACACUGACAAGAGAUCCUACCAUGCAGGCCUUUGAGAACACCUCCACCAACGUGGCAGCCAGCCAGAUGCGCAAUUCCCUCAACGCCCUCUCAGAUACGGUGAAGGAUCCUGCAGAAAAAAAGAGAUUUGAAGCGGAAAUGGACAAUUUCUUUGCAUUGUUCAGAAGAUACCUCAACGACAGAGCCAAGGGAAACACCAUUGACUGGGCCAAAAUCAAUCCUCCCAACCCAAACCAAGUCGUCAGCUACGACGAUCUGCCAAACAGUGACGCUGUUGAGUUCUUGAACAAGCUGGCCGUUGUCAAGCUCAACGGCGGCCUCGGUACCUCCAUGGGUUGUGUCGGUCCCAAAUCCGUCAUCGAGGUCAGAGAUGGCAUGUCUUUCCUCGACCUUUCUGUCCGACAGAUUGAAUAUCUGAACCGCACCUAUGACGUCAAUGUUCCCUUCGUCCUGAUGAACAGCUUCAACACCGAUGAAGACACUGCCUCCAUCAUCAAGAAGUACGAAGGCCACAACAUCGACAUUCUCACCUUCAACCAGUCCCGAUACCCUCGUGUUCUCAAGGACUCCCUUCUACCUGCACCAAAGUCGUAUGACUCUCAACUCUCGGACUGGUAUCCUCCUGGUCACGGAGAUGUGUUCGAGUCUCUCUACAACAGUGGCAUUCUCGACCAGCUUAUUGACCGUGGUAUUGAGAUUAUCUUCCUAUCCAACGCCGACAACCUGGGUGCCGUAGUUGAUCUUCGCAUCUUGCAGCACAUGGUGGAAAGCAAGGCCGAGUACAUUAUGGAGUUGACCGACAAGACCAAGGCCGACGUAAAAGGUGGCACGAUUAUCGACUAUGAAGGCAAAGCGAGAUUGCUCGAAAUCGCUCAAGUCCCUAAGCAAUACGUCAACGAAUUCAAGUCGAUCAAGAAGUUCAAGUACUUCAACACCAACAACAUCUGGAUGAACCUUCGAGCCAUCAAGCGUGUGGUCGAGGCCAACGAACUCGAAAUGGAAAUCAUUCCCAAUGAGAAAUCCAUCCCUGCCGAUAAGAAGGGAGAGGCCGAUGUCAGUAUCAUUCAACUCGAAACCGCAGUGGGUGCUGCCAUCAAACAUUUCAGGAACUCCCAUGGUGUCAAUGUCCCUCGACGACGUUUCUUGCCUGUCAAGACCUGUUCCGAUCUCAUGCUCGUCAAAUCUAACCUCUACACCUUGAGUCACGGUCAAUUGAUCAUCGAUCCCAACCGCUUCGGUCCUGCUCCACUUAUUAAGCUGGGCAGUGACUUUAAGAAGGUGGCUCAAUUCCAGAAGCGAAUUGGUAGCAUCCCCAACAUUGUUGAGUUGGACCAUUUGACCGUCACUGGUGAUGUCAACUUCGGCCGUGGUAUUGUCCUGAAAGGUACUGUCAUCAUUGUUGCAACCGAAAACAGCACCAUUGACAUUCCACCGGGUUCGAUCUUGGAGAAUGUUGUGGUGCAAGGGAGCUUGAGACUACUUGAGCAUUAG